AUGUAAGGGAAAUCUCAGAGAGAUGUUGCUAGUUCAUUGGAUCUUAAUUCAUCAAAUAUCACUUAAUCUCCUAAUCAAGUUGUAUUUAAUGGAAUGAUUCUAAAACCAAAUUCUCCAAGAACAGUUUUAGCAUGUUAGAGGUUAGGAAUUGAUAUGAGCAUUUUCCAAAUAAAGUAAUAAGAUGCCUUAUAAUUUUUAUAGAGAUCUUAACCAUUUUCGUACUCAUGAUUGUUAUAAUGAUGAAAUUAUUCAACUACGAUAUGAACAUUACAUUAAUAAAACUAAUUGUAAAGUUCAAUAAUAUUUUAGAAUUAUUGAAUGAAAUAUUUUAGAAAAGAAAAGAAAUCAUACAAAAAAAUAGAUAACGUUAAUUAUAAUGCGCUUCAAUUGAGUCUCUCGAAAGAUCAGUUUCUCUUAAGUAAGGUUCUACUAUAGAUUAAUUAGAGUAUGUUUUUAUAGUUUAUAUAUUUCAAUAGACUAAAAAAACAAAUGGAUUAUGCUUACAAUAAGACUUUAUAAUAUUUACAAUAAUAGGAUUUAAUUGAGGGAUAGAUUCCAUAGGCUUUAGGGGAAUGUCAAGAUGUUGCAGAAUUAGAAGGUGGUCUUAAUAAAGAAUUAUAAAGAUAUAAUAAACAUAAAAUUGUGAAAAUAGUAUUUAAAAUAAUUAUUUAAGAGAGAAGCAUAAAUUAAAUUAGAAGAAGACAAAAAGAGAGUUGAAUUAAUAGAAAAAAUUCAGGAAAGAGAUUAAAGAAUAGUUUAAAUUAUGAUGAAAAAAUAAUAAGAAAUGAAAGAGAAAUAUGGUUCAUCUAAGAAAGUUGAAAAUAAAAGAAUUGAUACUUAGGAAAAGGAAAGUAAAUCUUAACCUAGAGAUAAUGAAACAUAAAAAAAUAUAUAAUCAUAAUUAUCGUAAAAGUAUAUUAAUAUUAAGUACUUAUGAUAUCAGAAGUAAAAUGUUAAUGAAAGGGGAUGAUUAAAAAGAAAAGAAAAAAAGGGAAUAAGUUUUAUUGAGAAAAGAAGAAUUUGAAAAAUAAAUUGAUUUAGAUUGCCAAAUAUAAAUGGCUAAAAUAUAAUAGAAAUUAGAGAACAGUGAGAAAUUAUAAAAAGAAUUAAUUUAAAACAAAAUAGAAAAAAUAAAAGAAUAAAAUCUAAAAGAACAAUAAAUUAUGAAAUAACAAAAGUAACUUAAAGACAAGAUAUCACAAGAUCAUAUUAAUUAACUUUUAGAAAAAAUGGUAUAAAAGGAAAAAGAUUUUUAAAUUAAUUAAAAAUCAAUUUAGAAUGUAGAAUAAGAAAAAAAAUUAGAAAUUAAAUAAAAAUAAAAGAAAAUUAAAUCUAAUUAAGGAGAUAUUUUUAAAGACAGAGAGUAAAUAUUUAUUUAUUAAAUUCUUAGUGAGAAAUUAAAAUAAUUAAAUGAGAAGUUUUAGAAGAUAGAAUAAUUUAAUAAAAUAAAAAAAGUAAUUCAAUUAAUCAAUUUAGGAAGAAUAAAAUAAUAAAAUUUUAUUAAAAUAAGAAUUAAGAAAAUUGAAAGAAUAAGACAAAUAAGAUAUUUUAGAAAGACAAAAAAGAUAGAAUGAAUAUAGAAUGUUAGAAAUUACAGAGAAAUAUAGAUAAGUUGAUGAAAAAAACUAAUUAAAAUAAUAUUAAAAUGUAAAAAAUAUAUUUAUUAUAAUAUAGACUCUCUUAUAAUAGACUUCGAUGUAAAUUAGCAAAUAAGAAAUAGUAGAAAGAAAUAGAAUAUACUCUCAUUUAUAAUAAAUGAGUGAUAAUCUCUUCAAUAAAAAAGUUAGAAAGCGAAAGUAAUCUAAUCAAAUAAAAAAUUAGUUUGAGUCAAUUAGAUAAAAAUAUUCUCACUAUAAAACCUAAAGUUAUUAAUCAAAAAGAGGACACAGAGUUUGAAGAUCACACCAGAUUAUUAAUAACAAUGUUAUAAAUAUCAGAUGCAGAUGAAACAUUAAAAAAUAAAUUAAGUAGAAGACAUAAUUGA